AUGUUUACCCCACGGGGAACUACAACAAGGUCUAGGGCAUCGCCCUUUACCCCCACGCCACAGUCAACACGAAAUCAGAGCAAACGAGUCUCGAACAUCGGUUUUACACCGAAAGGGAGGGCUUCUAAAUAUGCAUCGAAAAGCCAAGGUAAUCGUAGUUUACAAACAUCCCAGAUUCUAGAGGAGGCUGGUGGCCAUCGUGUUGAGAGCUUUGGACUUCCCCUUCCUGUGCUCAUCACAGAGGCAUUAUCUCUGGCUGACAGACACACAGAAAUUACAGUGAAGAUUGAUCCUUCUGGAUGGGCAUGGCUGGUGGGAGGUAGAAAAUUGUUCAUAUGGCGUCAUAAACAGUCCCAUACUGCCAGGGGAGUGUUCUGUAAAGAGUUAACCCUCCCUCCCAGCGACCUGGCCCACAAUGCUGACCGUGUAUGUGUUGUGCCCAGUAUCACAGAUGCCCAGUCUGCCUCUUGUGUUGCUGUAUCACCAGAGGGUAUUGUUCGCUAUUGGGCUAAUGUUGCAUAUGAAGGAUCAUCGUCAGAAAUAAGUGCAGAAUUACGAGGGGAGGAGUGUGCUUCUGUCAUCAAUUUCCAGCCAUAUGGAUGUCUUCUGGCCACGACAACAAGCUCCCUUGUUCUUUUGGCUCACAUUCCCGGCCAGACUGCCCCUGUGUGUUACCCACUGACGGCCUCCCAAGGAAUGUUCGCUGGUAUUGGCCGCAGGAUGUCAUCCUUCAUCUUUGGAGCAUCACCAAUGCAACCUUCAGGCGCAACCCUACAAGCCAUUGUACCAGGUAGUGAAGAAGAGGAAGAAAGACCAUUUUAUGUGCUUACUGGUACCCAGUUUCAAAAAUGGACAGUUUCAGAAGGGAAUGCAGAAAAGUUGUUUUACCAAAUUGAUGUGGAUAGAAUGUUCAGGGAGUCGUUGGCACGUAAAGUAUGGGACCAGGACUCCCUACACCUUACUCAACUGAAAACGUGGCUAAUUGACAUGCAGAUCACAAGGUCUGGUGUAAUGAUCCUCGGAGUCGGUGUCAACAUGGAGGUGUCUUUAACACUGUACUUUGUUCUAGCUACCAUAGAUACAGACAUCAACGGGACACCAGUGGGAUUUGAAGAAUUAAUUAUUCUAGACCACAAGGAAAAUUAUACUGAGGAAAUGGAGCUGAAGCUACAGAACCUGAAGCUACUGGUGCCUGAUCCCAAUUCAGGUGUUUCCUAUGUCUAUGAUGAUGAACGAGUCCUCUAUAAGUCAGGAGAGUCGUCAGAAAUCACAGAGUUUCAUGCACCAGGUGGAAUGAUUAUUGGGGCAGGAAAUAGUGAUGGUACUGGAGUAUUUUUCUCCAGCAGUGUGGGAAUGUUCUGUUUCACAGCCUCAAACAAACAGAAUGUCAGCUUACUUGUUGAUACAAGCAUGGACUAUCCAAACUCUUUAAAAGCUGACAUGUCUGCAUUAGCUGCGAGUUCUUCACAGAUCCAUGAGUUGAGUUUAAGCGAGGAUAAGACAUCACGCCUGAAGGCGGCUUUCCUGUCAGCUAUGAGAGGUAACAUGGAUCUUGCACAGGCAGGCGUGGAUGAGUUAUUCCCCUUGUCCGAUAAUAACAUCACAGAUAUGGACCAGAUUGUCGUGGCAGUCAGUCGUGAUUUGAUUGAUGAUUACCCAGCCUCAGAUCCGAGAUGGGCAGAAUCCAGACAGGACCCCUGUAGCAGCACUACAUCCUUGAUUAUACUGAAUCAGCUGGCAGACAAGCUCAAAGCUCAUGAAUACAUCAUCAGUUUCCUCAAAAAAGUUGGCCUGUGGACACGGCUGAGCACUGUAAAAAGUCGAGACCAUCCAAUGUUGACCCAUGAUGUCCUUUGUGAACAUGCAGAGAAGGUGACGGCAGCCAUGGCACUCCGACAACUUCACUCAGAGUAUACUGGUGCGAUAGAUGCAGCCAUUAGAAAAGUACUUGAGAAGCGUGAUGCCUCGUUGAUGUCUCAAGGCCUGUCUCCUCAGGAUGUCUUCUAUAGGGAGGUUUCCAAAGUACACGAAAUCCUGGCAGCCCUCCUGGAGUAUGAAGAGGAAGUAUUAUCAGCUGAUGUGUCUACACCAGAAAUACUUGCAGUGGUAGCAGCUGUAAAUGCAGUCACAGAGGCAAUGCUCCACAAAGCCCUACAACACAGACAUGCCAAGAUGUCAGUUUACAGGGAGGACCUAGACCCAGCAAGUCUUGUGCAGCUGGAAUUCCUACCAUGGACUUCACAGGAAGGAGAGAAGGGGGCAAGGAAUAUCCUCCUGAAACAGUAUGCAGUGACUCUGGAUGGCACCAUGCCCGAGGUAACAGAUGCAGACACACUAUCAUUGUUCUGUCAGCAGUUAGCACAGCUAGCAGACAUUGUAUUGGAGGGCUUCAGCACACAACUAGAGUCCUUACAUUAUCAACAGGAUCGUUCAGGACACUACCGUGAACUUGACAGAAAGUACCAGCUCUGUCGACAACAGCUAAUCAUGCCUUUGGUGGAGAAGAAUCAUAUGGAACUUGCAGCGUCACUUGCAGAGAAAUAUUAUGAUUUUGAUAUCCUAAUACAGCUGUGUGAACAGAUGGACAAUUCUGAUCGUAUAGAGAGAUACCUCACACAGUUUUCAGACAAGGGUUUUGCUGAUAUCUUAUAUGCUUGGUAUAUGAAAGAAGGGAAACUAGGGAAGCUGCUAUCUUUGCCUGCACAUCGACACCAGGAACUGGGACAGUUCUUACAAAGCAAGGACAUCAAGUAUCUUAGCUGGCUACACCAACUACAGACCAGUGACUACACACAGGCUCAUGAAUCCUUAUUAGAACUUUCAAGGAUGGAAACAGCCUCAUUAUCUAAGAAAAAGACAUUGCUGAGUCUCAGUAAACUUGCUGGACUAGCGUCAGAAGACAGCCAGGAAGACGUUAACAUUGCUGGAAUAAAUGAAGAACUGGACCUGAUCACACACCAAGAGCAACUACCAGUCCAUGUACUACACCAAAGAGGCUUGGAUCCAGAUGAUAUGGGAGUCCUUACACCAGAGCAGCUGAUUGAGCUUUAUGUAAGUGAUAUGUCAUCUGAGGACCAAGAACUGAAUUUUAAGAAAGCAUUAGACCUUCUACAGUACAUAGACACGACUGAUCCCAACAUUGAUGUUGAAGCCUUGAGAUAUCAGAUAUGGGCCAAAGCUAUUCUGAGGAACAGUUGGGCAGUCGACCAAUCUGGAGAACCCAUAGAGACGGUUAAGGAUACAGUGUUUUUCAGAGUAGCAACUCUCGCAUACGACCAGGGAAUUGAUUUACGAGAAUAUCUGCCUCAGAUUGAGGUACUACUUCGAUGUGAGGACCUUGGACUACUACAGGACGAUAGGAAUUUCCAAUACCUAUUACGUGUUGGUUACGAGCAUAUCCAGCAAACACUUUACUAAAUACUUGCUCUCUCUGUAUCAUAAGACCUUCAUUUGUGUCAUAAAACUGUGUGUUUUCUCGGACAUUAUGUGCUUACUAAAGAACAUUACACCCAGUCUAGAAUUGGUAGAUGUUUUGUUUUCAUUUAUAGUUGUAUUACCACUUUCGAGAUUUCUUAUCAAAGAUGUUGAUUUAGAUUAAACAUUUCAGUCUAUGAAAGACAAGAAAUUCACGUUGUAGGCUUGAUAAUCUUUAUGAAGAUAGAAAGUGGUAAAUGUGAAAAUAGAACUGUACUAGAGUGUCAUAGUUUGUAACGAAAGUUGAGGAAAAUAACACAAUUAAAGCAUUAA